AUGUUCAACCCAGGGCCAGAGGUGACAGUGGAUGAACGUCUUGUCCCUUUCCCAGGAAAAUGCCCCUUCCGACAAUACAUACCCAGUAAGCCAGGGAAGUACGGCUUAAAAAUCUGGGCAGCCUGUGAUGCAAAAACCAGCUAUGCCUGGAAUCUACAGAUUUACACAGGCAAAGCUACGAGUGGCAUCCCUGAGAAAAACCAAGGAAAAUGUGUGGUCCUUGAUAUAACUACUGGACUGCAGGUGAAGAAAAAUAAACCUGAGCUGCCUGCUGAAAUCUUGCAGGUGAAGGACAAGGCUCCGCUUUUCUCAAAGUUUGCUUUUACAGACACCAACACUGUUGUCUCUAUUGUCCCAAAAAAAAAACGGAAUGUGAUACUUAUGUCUACUCUUCACAAAGAUGCAGCUGUGUCAUCAGGAAGUGACAAAAAGCCCACAAUUAUCCUCGACUAUAACAAAAACAAAGGAGAAGUGGACAACCUGACUGCCACUUACACUUGGCAGCGAAUGACUAGGAGAUGGCCAAUGGUUGUGUUUUACAACAUCCUCGAUAUGUCUGCAUGUAAUACAUUUGUGUUGUUGACCCACAUCCACCAAGGGUGGACCUCAACCAAAAAAAACAAACGGAGAAUGUUUCUUGAGGAGCUGGGAAAUUCCCUUGUCAAGCCACACAUUGAGCAAAAGCCCCGAGACCCAGACGCUGCAGCCUUGGUCAGACAGCUGCAGAGCUCGCCUAGCACUCCGUCCACUUCAUCAGCACCACAAAGAGCAUCCGCGCCAGCAUCCUCCUCAGCCAGCUCUGCCUCAACACCAACUAGAACAGACAUUGCCACAACCCCACUCAGGCCACCUGAUUCUAAAAGAAAGAGGUGCCAGGUCUGCCCAAGCAGUAAGGACAGAAAGACAAACGUAUUGUGCUUCAACUGCAAGAAAUAUCUCUGCAAAGAACACACUAAAAGUGUCACUUUUUGCCACACAUGCAUCUAA